GUUUCUGCUAGUUCCCAUCAAUGGAGCUCAUCGACGUCCUUCUCCUCCUUCUCGCAGCUCUCGUCACCUCCCUAUGGUGGAAAUACUGGUCCAUCACGGGCAGCGGUCCAAAGAACCUCCCACCCGGACCACCGGGUUGGCCACUGGUCGGAAAUCUGAUCCAAGUCAUUCUCCAACGCCGGCCCUUCAUGUACGUUGUUCGAGAUCUCCGGUCCAAGUACGGCCCAAUCUUCACAAUGCAAAUGGGCCAACGAACCUUAAUCAUCAUCACCAGUGCAGAGCUAAUCCACGAAGCACUCAUCCAGAAAGGCCCAAUCUUCGCAAGUCGCCCACCCGACUCACCGAUCCGACUCGUCUUUAGCGUCGGUAAGUGCACCAUCAACUCGGCCCAGUACGGCCCAUUAUGGCGUACCCUCCGCCGUAACUUUGUUACCGAGUUGAUAAACCCAACUAGGAUCCGCCAGUGUAGCUGGAUACGCCAAUGGGCUUUUGAUAACCACCUGGAUAGGCUUCGUAAAGAGGCGGCGGAGUUGGGUUCUGUGGAGGUGAUGAGUAACUGUAGAUUCACCAUUUGUAGCAUUCUUAUUUGUAUCUGUUUCGGAGCUAAGAUUUCCGAGUCACGAGUUAAGGAGAUUGAAACCGUUUUAAAGGACGUGAUGUUGAUGACUACGCCGAAAUUGCCGGAUUUUAUGCCGGUGUUUUUGCCGCUUUUCCGGCAGCAGCUUAAGGAGGCGAAGGAGCUGAGGAGGAAGCAGAUGGAGUGUUUGGUUCCUCUUGUAAGGAGCCGAAGAGCCUUCGUGGAGAGCGGUGGCGGGUCGGAAUACGGGUCGCACUUGGGUGAUAUCAAGAUGGUGAGUCCGAUCGGGACAGCUUAUAUUGAUUCGUUGUUAAAGUUAGAACCGGCGGGGAGAGGUAAACUCCGGGAGGAAGAGCUGGUGACGCUUUGCUCAGAGGUGAUGAACGCUGGGACGGACACAAGUGCUACGACGGUGGAGUGGGCUUUACUACACUUGGUGAUGGACCAAGAAAUACAAGAAAAGCUGUACCAGGAGAUCAUGGACCGUGUAGGGAAAGAAGGGGUUUUGACUGAAAAUGACGUGGAGAAGAUGCCGUAUCUAGAGGCUUUGGUGAAAGAGACGUUCAGGAGACACCCGCCUAGCCAUUUUGUAUUGUCACAUGCGGCGACGAAAGAGACGGAGUUGGGAGGGUAUACGGUGCCGGCGGAUGCUAGUGUGGAGUUUUAUACGGCAUGGGUGACGGAGGAUCCGAAUGUGUGGAAGGAUCCAGGGGAGUUUAGACCGGAGAGGUUUUUGGAAGGUGGGGAUGGUGUGGAUGUGGACGUGACUGGGUCUAGGGAAGUAAGGAUGAUGCCGUUUGGGGUGGGGAGGAGGAUUUGUCCGGCUUGGACGCUUGGGACUUUGCAUGUAUACUUGUUGCUUGCUAGGAUGGUUCGGGCAUUCAAGUGGGUUCCAUACCCUGGUGCUCCACCUGACCCUACUGAGACCUUUGCCUUCACUGUGGUUAUGAAAAACCCUCUUAGGGCUGUCAUCUUCCCUAGGUGAUGAAUCCUCUCUCUCUCUCUCUCUCUCUCU